AAUCUCACUCGGGUCCAAAAGUUUCAAGCCCAACCAGAGGCAGAAGACACUUGCCAACCACAGGGGAGAACGAGCCCGACGCCCCGACCGUGCUCCGGUACGAUCGGGCGUGCUCAUUCCCCGGCCGCCUUCGCCCUCGCUCUCGCAGACGGGCGGGCCCCACGGCCUCCCCUGCCCCUAGCAUGCUCCCCCAGCUAUAUAAAGCGCGAGCGCCACGCGUUCCCAGCACCCACCAGCUCCAGGUCGCUUCGCGGUCCUCGAUCGUCCUCUCCAGCACGCCCGCUGCUCCGAUCGGUUGGUUCGUCCAGGAGUUCGCAGAGGUGGAAGCCGCAGCCAUGCAGGAAGCUCUCAUCUCCCCGGGCAAUGCCGGCAGCCUCCGCUCGGCCUUGGAGCUCAAGCCGUUCGCCUUCGGGGACCAGCGCCUCGCCUCGCCGCGCUACCUCAACCUCGCCUGCGGCGACGAUGCCGUCGAUGCGCUGUUCCGCUGCUCCUCCCCCUUCAGCCCCAGCUUCGGCUUCUCCUCGCCGUCGCCGCUCGCCGCCUCCUCCGUCUCGCUCUCGCCGUCCUCGUCGGCCUCCCUCGUCGACGACUGCGACGACGCCGCGGCCGCGGCAGCCGACGCCGCCACGGGCCACCGCCUCCAGCUCGCGCGCCUCGCGCUGCAGUACCAGGAGGUGGCCGACCGCUACGAUCUCUGCCUCGCCCGCCUCGCCGAGGCCGCCGACGAGGCCGCGGCGCUCCGCCGCGAGAACGCCGAGCUCCGCGUCGCCAACGGCGACCUCACGCGCCGCCUCGCGCUGCUCAGCGGCAUUGGCAAGCAGGCCGCCGCCGCCGCCAUCGCCGACGAGGUCCGCCGGCUCCGCUUCGUCGACCAGAAGGCCGUCGCGGUCGCCAAGGAGCGGGCGCCCGAGAAGCUCGCCGUGCUGCCCAAGAGCAUCUCCGUGCGCUCCAACGAGUACCUCAAGAUGAAACAGCUCAACCAGCCCCCCGCCACGCCGGCCGCCAACAACCGGAAUGCUCGCUCGUCGAACGCGACCACACCCAGCUCGCAGCGCGCGUACACGGGCGACGGCGGCGGCAGGAAAGGCGAGGAGACCAUCAAGGAGCAACACGCGGCCGGCGGCACGGAGCUGGAGGUGUGCAACCAGGGCAUGUUCAAGACGGAGCUGUGCAACAAGUGGGAGGAGACGGGGGCGUGCCCCUACGGCGACCAGUGCCAGUUCGCGCACGGCGUCGCCGAGCUCCGCCCCGUCAUCCGCCACCCGCGCUACAAGACCCAGGUCUGCCGCAUGGUGCUCGCCGGCGAGGUCUGCCCGUACGGCCACCGAUGCCACUUCCGCCACUCGCUCACCCCGGCCGAGCGCCUUCUCCUUCCGCGCCCUUAGCAGAGGCGCGCGGAACCGUUCGGUUUUGCUUCAUCUUCAUCUCAAGUCAACAAGUCAAGUAUAUAAUUCAGACGAAAAUGUACAAAAAGAUCCAAACGGCGUAAAUAAGAUAAAUGUAUACAAGUAACAUACAAAAGAGCAUAAAGGGAACCUGAUCGUAGAAUUAGUUUUCAGGAAAUGUGAAUAUUCAUACACAGGAUUAGCUUCAUCGUCAGUCAGCCGCGGGUUCUCAGGGACUACAAACUGUGUAUUCUGUUCAUGUAAUCAAUUUUUUUUUGGUGUAUUUGUUAGGUGAUAGCUGCCCAUUUUCUUCGAUGCAGAUACAAUAAACAAACUCAGUAUGGCUGUAGAUUGGGCAAGCACCUUUCGAUGUGCGCGCAGGUGGCAUUGCGCGUGAUGAUGCAAGGAAAUGCGGGUGGAAGUGAAACCUGCCAUUUUUGUAUAUACAUGAUGAGUGUUGGAUCUUGUGCGGAGGCUCUUUGAUUUGUCCAGCCUAGCUUUUGCUGUACUCUGAAAGUUUUGCAGUACAUAUGUUGGCAUAUUGCUCA